GCAGUCGAGAUGCGAGAGCAUUGCAGUCGGUACUAGCUUGUUGCAGACGGAAUUUUUUGUCCAAAAUAGGUUGUACAAUGGGUAAUCAAGCGGCCAGGAGUGCGUCCUUUGACGCCUCCGGCGAAGUAAAUUUCGAUCACUUUCAAAUUCUCAGGGCAAUUGGAAAAGGAAGUUUUGGCAAGGUAUGCAUCGUUCAAAAGAAAGAUACAAACAAAAUGUAUGCUAUGAAGUACAUGAACAAAGCAAUGUGCGCCGAAAAGGAGGCUAUUAAAAAUGUCUUGGCAGAGGUAGAGCUAUUGCAAUCACUUGAGCAUCCCUUUUUAGUGAAUCUAUGGUUUACUUUCGACGACGAGGAAGACCUGUUCAUGGUGGUCGAUUUGCUUUUAGGCGGAGAUUUGCGGUAUCAUCUUCAAAAGGAAGUUAAAUUUACCAUUCAAUCGGUCAGAUUGUUCUUAGCCGAAAUUUGUCUGGCCUUAGACUAUCUUCGGUCCAAAAAGGUUUUACAUAGAGAUCUUAAACCCGAUAAUAUUUUAAUGGAUGAAGAUGGACAUUAUCAUAUAACGGAUUUCAACGUUGCAACUAGCAUAGAAGAGGGCCACUCUCCAACUUCGGUUUGUGGAACAAGACCUUAUAUGGCUCCAGAAGUUUUCGAAGCAAAAAAGGGUCAAGGUUACUCCUAUUCCGCUGAUUGGUGGUCGCUUGGAAUUUGUACUUUUGAAAUUUUGAAAAAUCGACGUCCCUAUGAUAUUCACUCUAACACGACGGUUAGUGAAUUUAGGCGCAUUAUAACUGAUUCUCAUAAGUCCAUGUGCCAUGCAAUAUCCUCUUACCCGGAAUCCUUAAAUGACUUAGUUAAACGAUUACUAGAAACUGACCCGGAGAAAAGGUUAUCUUCUCUUAAGGAUAUACAACAACAUGAAUUUUUUACCGGUAUGAACUUUGACGAUGUUCUGAAUAGGAAAGUUCAACCGCCGUUUAUUCCGUCGAAAGAUCAUCUGAACUGCGAUCCAACUUUUGAAUUGGAAGAGAUGAUUGUUGAGUCGAAACCGUUGCAUAAAAAAAAGAAAAGAUUGGCAAAGCAAAACUCAAAACCUAUCUCUGAUCCAAUUAGGGACUAUUUGGAGAGUAAUGGUAAAGUUUUCGAACCAUACGACAGAGAAAGGUAAUACACUUACGAUAUACUAAUUAAUAUCCGUCAGUUUUUACUCAACAAUCAGAUUAAGGUAUUAUAUAUCCAAACGUAAUUAAGUAGAUGAAUUAAUGGAAGAAUAGAUAGGGUGGGGCGAGAGAGAGAGAGAGAGAGAGAGAGAGAGAGAGAGAGAGAGAGAGAGAGAGAGAGAAGAGAGGAAAUAUUAAAUAUGAACGAACUUGGAAAAGUUCAAAUAUAAAUGUUAAUAGUUAAUUAAAGUAAUACUAUACAUUUAUAAAUAAGAGAAAAGCUAGUAAGGAGAAAAGAUUAUGUCAUUAAUUCACUUUUACUAGAGAUUGCAGAUGGAGAUUGUGUAAUUUUUAUCACUAGUUGUAAUCUAUAUAUCUAGGUUAUAUCCCAUAUCAUUAUAUGGCUGUGAACCUAUAGUCCACAGCAGGCAAAACAUAAUAUAAACUAUAGAUUAAUAUUAUAAUAUCUGCUGCAUAUAGCCUCUUUGGAGAGCAGAGAUUUUUAAUUUGUACAACAUAUCAAUACAACACUAUGAGGAUUAUAUAAAAACAGUAUAUCUGGAAUUCAAAGGAAAUAUUUUGUUAAUUACCUAAUUACUCAUUAGUAAUGUACGAUGAGUUCGGUAGGAGGGUUAAGGAAGAGAAAACCAUAAACUAUUACGGAAUGAAGCACUUACAAUAUUAACUUCCGUUAUCUGGCUAAUUGAAAGCGUAAAAGCGUGCGCCUUCUAAAAAAAAUAAAAAAUUCCACAUUUGUUUAAAAGAAAUAUUUAAGUAUAUUAAAACUAGUGAAACAAGACAAACUAUUAGUAGGCAAGCAUUUAAGUCUAAUGACGUAAGUUGAUUUUAAGGCCUAUAUUUCUGGUAAAUACUCUCUAAUGGCUUGUCACCAAGCAACAAGAACUAAACGCUUGUUUAUUUUCGAUUAUAAAAAAACAGGAAAAAGGAUACGAAAGAGGAAUAAGGUGCAAACGAGAAUCUUGACAGGCGAUAGCAGUGCACUGCAUAAACAAUUAGGAAGACUUUGCACAUCAGCUAACAACAACUUUCGUAUACGUACACCUCGACUGUAAAAUAUAUCGAUUUCUAUUUUGUUCUUUGAAGCGUCGGAUGCACGUGUAUAAUUAUUUAUCUUUCGGAUUCAGGUGUAAUUAUGUACGAAAGUUACGACGACACAUUCACUGAUAUACAGUAUAUACAGUAUAUAUAUAAAUUUAUAUAUAU